GUCAACUCAUCAACUCCAUAUCCAGCCAUGGAGCGCUCCAGCUUGGCGGCUAUGGCUUCCAUCGUCAUCGUCCUGAUGUUGUCCUGUCAGCUGCUUUGCCUUCCGUCGGCUAGGGCGUCUACGUAUCAAAUGGGCGCAGCACGAGAUCGAUCAGCAACUUUCGCUAACGCUGCCGAUGAUGAUACCUCCGACACGAAGGAUGCUGAUCAGGAUUGCCCCGUGCAAUUCACGCCGCAAGUCUUCGCUGGAGUACGAGAACUCUGUCGUCAUGGCCAUGGCGGCGAUGGCGGCGACGGCGAUUUGUGCUGUGAGGCUAUCCAGGACGUAGCAAUGAACGUAAUGACUUAUGGCGCCACGUGCAAGGACAACAUGCUCGGGGCCUUCGAGGCCUACACAGCUGUCCCUUCGCAGACGGUGUCCAGGUGCCUGAGCGUGGAGGGAAGAAGUGUUCUCGAUCUGUUUGCAGACACGUCAGCAGAGGCAUCCACGUCAGCAGAGGCAUCCACGUCGUCAGAGGGAUCCACGUCAGCAGACGGAGCAUCGUCAGCAGAGGUGUCCGCGUCCGCACAGGCAUCCACGUCAGCGGUUGAAGCUAUGGCUUCUGAGUCGUUGGCGGCGCCGCUCAUCCCCCAAGGAUCAAUCUUUUGAAGAUCCGCCGCGAUGGACGAAAGAAUGAAUAAGCGCGCUGCGU